AAAGCUGAUAGCCAGCAGAUAAGGUGGCCAGGAACCACCGGAAGGCCUAACUCUCGGUUCUUUGAACUUAUCAAUCGCAAUUUAGCGGCUUAGGGGUUUACGAUCCACGGAAUCGAUUGCUGUAACCAAUUGGUUAAUACAGCCCAAUAUCUAUUGAACCACUUCGAGUGAGUGUUUAUCGAGUGACGUAAUUAAUUGCCGAGACGAACUUUCGCCGGAAAAGUUAGCAAAAAAAGUUUAGCUAAAAGUAUGCAACACUUUUUGCUCAUCAUCGAAGUGCAAAGUUUGGGAGCCACUGGCUCGUUAUUUGCAGACGAACCCCAGCGAUAAGAAGCCUAUAAACAAACCAUACAUCACUGUCCGAUUGCAUUACCAACUUUCGGUAACUUGACGCGGAAGUUUCGCUUCGAUUUCCUUCAGUGCUUUAUGGUCAUCAGUGCCAUGAAAACUGCUAUUAUUCUGCUUCUAGCCCUUAAGGCGUAUGCUGAGCCUACUCCACGAACUCUGAACUCUUUGUGUUCCUACUUUGAUAAUGGAAACGAAACGGUUUCCAAUCUGGGCAACACCAAGAAGUGUUUUGCCCGUUAUCUACCCAAACUGGAAAGUGAAGGGGCAACCUGGUCGCAAGGAUACAGUGCCUGUCAGAAGGAUACUACUAGCGAACGGCAGUCCUUGCUAACGAAUGCCACUGGGGCUCAGGAGGAGAUUCGAGCAGCUGCCCUGGACAUGUCUUCGUUUAUUGAUCAGUGUUUGGCCUUGACAGAGUCCCUCGACUUUUUCAAUUGCUUUGCCAAAAUGGCCAAGCUACAGUUGGCGAAUGUCUACAGUAUUUCAUUUAAUGCCAGCGAACAGGCGUUGAUCCUAAAUAAGAAAUUAAGUAGAAUCGAAUUGGAGCACUAUCGGUGCACAAAUCAAACCGAACAAAAGUAUGUGAAAGGAACCGAUACCAUCUUUCGAUCCUUGGAUCAAUGUCUGCAGCAAAGUGAUGCACUUUAAUACAUUUUUAUUGUACUGCCAU